GCCUCAAUUGGGAUCGCAAUAUUCACUUCAAUUUAUUCAGUUUUGGAUCUUUUACUUGAAGAAAAAUUGCGAAUGCGACCGUUACUGCCACCCUUCGAAUGGUGGAAAAAUCCACCCCCAACAAAAAUGAAGAUCAUAAUUUUUGAUGUGAUAAAUCAUGAAGAAUUCCUCAAAGGGGAAGAUGAAGUGCUGAAGAUGCGAGAGAUCGGUCCAAUUGUCUACAGGGAGCAUCUUCGGCAUGAGAAUAUUACAUUUCAUUCAGAGAAUGACACAAUGAGCUUUACAGCGGUACGAUCAGUGGAGUUCCUUGAGGAAGAGAAUGAACCUGGGAUCCUCAAUCGAACGAUCAUUGUUCCAAAUCUUUCAAUUCUUGCUAUGGCGUCGCGACUGAAUGAUGCGCCCUUUUUCAUGAAGAUCGGCUUUAACAUGCUCCUGCGCAGCUCCAAUGACUCAGUUUUCCAAAAUACGACGAUCUACAAAUAUCUCUGGGACAUGGAUGGGCAACUCAUGCGAUUGGGUGAGAAGUUGGUGCCCUUUAUGGUUCCUGUGGACAACUACGGCAUCCUUCACACGAUCUACAAAUCCUUCACGGAUCGGCAGAAUGUGAAGAUCGGCACAGCGCAUGGGCAUGAGCACUUCUUCGAGAUGAACCUCUACAACGAUCGACCCACAGUUCCGGGUUUUCUGCCUGAACGCGGUGAUUGCUUUGCCACAAUUGAGAACUCCACAGAGGGACUCUACUACCCCCAGCGUCUCACCAAUGAAUCCGUUCUCAUGUACUGGCGCAAGACCAUCUGCCGCCCAAGCUACCUCCACUACACUGAGGAUGUGUCAGUGGGUGGAAUUCCAGGAAAGAAGUACGUCCUCCCUGAUAGUACGUACGAUCGCACAGAUCCUCUCGAAGGAGACUGCUACCGCGGAGAGGGCGAACCUGUGUUUCCAGAUGGACUCAGUGAUGCCUCAAAAUGCUAUCACGGCUUCCCCAUUGUCAUCUCUAAGCCUCAUUUCCUCAAUCGCACAGGCGAUUGGGUCAAAAAGCUCGAAGGAAUAGCGCCCAGUGAGGAAGCCCAUGGAAGCUAUGUGAUCGUUGAGCCCCUCACGGGGGUUCCCUUGAAGGAAUGCGCACGAUCACAAAGCAACAUCUUCAUCCACCAAUUAUCUGGCUUCUCGAACCCGGACCUACAGCGUUUCAGUGGAAUGGUCGUUCCGAUGUUCUGGGGAGAUAUCUGUAUUGAGGAACUCCCGCUGCUCAUUGAAUACCUCAUGAUCUUCGUGGUGGUUUGGGUGCCUACCCUACAACCUGUCGGUACAUUCCUUGCCUACAUUUUUGGCAUCAUGACGCUCCUCUAUGGUCUUCGACAGCUUCACAGAUUGAAUCUCUACACAAUGGUUCCACAGGGCAGAUAAGUGUAGCCGCGGCCACCCUCGAGAGAGAUAAAGAACAACGCGUAAUCUUUGAGGAAAUUGUCAAUGAUUGUCUUGUGCAAAUAUAUAAUAUUAUUAAACUUCUCAAUAUACUGA